AUGGCUAAAGUGGUUGAAGGCCAUCGCAGAUUUCUUGGGUUCAAGAAGACAAUUCUACUGGACAGAAAGCUUCUUGUUGAUUUGAUAGACCAGUGCACAAGUGGAUCAUUGAAUUGGGAUGAAUUUUCAUCUGCAGUGAACGAAGCUCAUGCAGGUCGAAUGGGGAACCCAACUAAUAGGUUGAUGAUCCAAGACCGACCAACAGAGGAGGACUAUUUCUAUGCCAACCCAGAAGAGUGUUUGCAAUCGUUAGGUGAACAACUGAGUAGUACGUGA